AAACGCAUGAACUGAACAAAUAUUGCUUUAGUGGCUUUUUGUAUGUGGUAUCAUUUGUACGCGGUGUUUUAUUUUCCAUUUGUACCGAUAAAACUUGACUGUUUCAUGGCGUGCUUUCUUGCCACAGGGCGGCCAAUGCGGCCAUGUGAGAGCGCAAAGGAUCCGAACCGCGUCGGGCUCGGGAGUUGGGCUGCGUAGCGGCCAGGGGGAUCCUAAUUUUUAUCCUCCUCACGCCAUGAUACUUUUAUUUGUUUCUUUAUUAUUUUUUAAAAACAUUUUUCCCCCUCAUCGCGAGAAGCCGGAGAUGGUUGAUGCGUAGAAUGGCAAAAAAGUGAAACAAACUGAUCGUGCUGAUCAAAACGAUGACGUUGCAUGCAAAAGUGCAAAACACACUCGGAUGUUAUCAGGAGGCAAAUUAUUGACCCCUAAUAAUCAGACGAUCAGUAUGAAACCUCAUGGAUCAGCUUAGUCUUUCAUGAGGCUCCCUGCCGGCUACAUACAACGUGAAAACAAGGCGUGCGUGUAUUCGACGAAAAGAUGGGGAUAUCCUCAAAAAACUCCGAAAGUUUCGGUCGACCGUUGAGCUGGUCGUUGGUAUUUCAGUUGAUGACAUCAUUACUCAUAACAACGGUCUUAAAAACAUGCGAAACGGAAGGAUGGCUGGACCUCCUCGAAUCCUCCGAGGAAAAUGAUUCUUCCAAUUUGGUUGCGGGGUCCGCCCCCAGACCACUCUUCGCCGCAUCCCCUGAGCACAGCACAAAAACCCUGGACAAGAACCCUUUCAUCCAAGCCGUAGAGUCGAAGUACUUCGUGGACAAGACGCCGAUGAUAAUAUUUUUCCACCAACAGACGAAACCAAUCCUGGUGACGGCGCCGCGGUACUUCGGUAAGACGACGAACCUGUACAUGCUCCGAAACUUCUACGAGAUCCUGGUGGACGAAUCUGGCGUCGAGGUUGACAAGAACCAUACGGAGAACCGCGCCUUAUUCGCCGGUCUCGUUAAAAGAAAACGCGCCUCCAAAAAAACCAUCUUCAGGGAUGAGAAGUGGUGCGACGAGCAGAUGGCUACACAUCCUGUCCUGCACUACUCGUUCGAGAACCUUACAAUCUCUGGGGUCAUGGAUUUCCUCAAGUCCUUUCAACAGCUCACGGCGCGAGUCUGCAAGGAACAUUCCUAUCUCCUCAAAUCCGACAGGUUAAGUCCAGCGAACAUAACGUUGCUGCGUUCUUACUGCGACGCACCAGCCUCAGGAGUGACGCGACAGGGGCUGUGCGCCUCAGGGCGCGACAUGAGCGCCCUUCUAGCCGCCCACUUCGGGCGCCCCUCCCUAGUGCUUCUGGACGAGCUGGACGCUCCUAUUCUUCGGCUCCUAACCGACUCGAUUCCCGAUGCGGAAAUGCGGAAAAUAUUGGCUAUCCUCAAGGAGUUUUCAACGGAGCUUUUUAUCAAUAAUACCGCUGUCGUCGACCGCGCCUUCCUCACGGGAAACACCGAACUCUCAACCAUCGUUGCGCCGUCCAACGCUGUCCAUUUGAGGUUCACUCAGGACGAGGAAAUUACGCCUUUCUUCGGAUUCUCUGAGUGGGAGAUGGAUAAUCUGAUCCGAGAUUCGGAGCUGCAUGAUAGAGACAUCCGCAAGUACUACGACGGUUAUCGGGGUCAAAACUCAUCGGAGUGGGUGUACAACCCGUAUUCCCUCCGCCACCAUCUCAUCAGACAAUAUAAUGGUGUCUAUUGGUCUUCAGCGCUUCCUCUCGAGACUUUCACUGCCCUCUACAAGAAUAGCGAGUUUGUCCGGGAGAUCUUCGAAAAUGCCACAAAAACAGAUGCCACUGAGAAAGAAAUUAAAGUUCUUGGGCCGCAUAUCUUUCCCGUCGAGGAAAAAAUGGCGAUGCUGCGCGAAAUGCUAGCCAAGGCUAAGUCUGUGACAUCGAUUGCCCAAAAGGCCGUCUUUGUUGAUUUUCUCUACCAGCUGGGAUAUUUAACCGAUAAAACGCAGUCGCGCACCAAACCUGAUCGCGAUUUUCUCGUUAUAACACCGAACAAAGAGGUCACCGAGAUAUUUCGACAGUACUGUCAGAAAAUGAAGGCGUAGGUUAUCUUACACUGGAGGAAAAAAAACACAUUGGAUCUAGAGUUCAGACUCUUAAAAACAUCGACAAGAAAAAAUACUCUUGAUUCGAUCAGAUU